AUGUUGGGGAAAUGCCUUGUCCGUCAAACAUUCCGGUCCUGGUCUGGAUAUAGCCAUUUAAGACGCAGAUUCUGUACAGAUAAUACACGAAUGGUCAUACCAAUGAACUGCCUUGUACUUCAUCCAGUGAUGAGGCCUAACAAGGGCCCAGAGCUGGAACUCAACUUUGCGGAAGAAGCUAUUGGCUUAGCCAAAUCCUUAGGCUGGAACGUCGUUCCAGGCCCUGGCUGGAAACAAGAAUACACUGAUAAAAUCCAAGAAGAAUAUGGCUCUGAAGAAGAGCAACUUUCAGAAGAGACUUAUGGAAGCGAUUAUGACUCUGAUGGUUAUGUCAAGCCAGAAAGAGCCAACAAAGUCUUUAAGAAUGGAGACUAUGUCUACACAGCCACAGCCCAGGGCGUUUUCUGGGAAGAUGGUAUUAUUACUGAUCCUCAUGAAGAGGAAUUUGAUCUCUAUGAUGAAUGGAAAAACAAGCUAGUUAGAGAUUCUAUGGCCAAGAGUAUUCUAAUCAAUGUGAAGAAAGUGUCUUCUUCUCUUUUCUUCACUAGAGGUAAACUUAAUGAUCUUGGGCAGUAUAUCAAGAGCCAAGAUGUAGAGGUCGUCUACGUCAACACAAUGUUAACACCAAUCCAGCAGAAGAAAUUGGAAAAGAGAUUUAAUGAUUUCUUACAAGACCGAGAGGAAAGACUUCGCAGGUACUAUAUUCGUUCAGCUAAUAAAAGCGUGAAUGAGCCUACCGAUAUCGACUCUGACUCUGGUUAUGUAACUGGCGAACCUGAAAGAGUUAAUGAAAAUGAGACGAUUCGAGUCAUCGACCGCUUUGGAAUAAUCCUAAUGAUAUUCGCCAACAGAGCUAGGUCAAACAUAUCCAAACUCCAGAUCGAACUUGCAUGGCUGGAUUAUGCUAGAUUGAACCUCUCAAGAGGAUCGGGCCCAACAUUUGGAAGAAUAGGCCAUCUUUUCAAAGAAGACCUCUCUUUGAAUGAAUCCACCGAGGUUGAAAUUAAGAGUUAUAGAGGAAGAGGGCAUUCAGGAACAGGGGCCGUUCAAGGUGGAGGUGAGAAACAAAUUGAGUUAGAAAGACGUAAAAUAAAUGACAGAAAAGCUGAAAUCAAGCGUAAGAUAGCAAAAGCCUUCCAAGGUAGAACUGAUAGCAGAAUGUCUAGACAAAAACGGACCAAGAACAUCCCCCUGAUCGCCCUUGUAGGGUACACAAAUGUUGGUAAAACAACACUGAUGAACAGGAUGACAUCAGAGAGUCUUGGGGUUGAAGACCAGUUGUUCCAUACACUAACCACAACUGUGAGAAAAUGAUACUUGACUGGAAAUCAGAAGGCUGAUCUUAUUGACACAAUUGGGUUUAUCUCCCAUCUGCCACAUACACUGGUAGAUAGUUUUAAAUCCACGCUUGAAGAGAUCCUCUAUGCUGAUAUUCUGAUCCAUGUGCGGGACAUUUCCCAUCCAAGUACGGACUUCCAGAAAGAGACUGUGCUCAGGAUCCUUGAAGAAAUCGGCACAAGCCCAAAGCUAAUGAAUGAAGGUUAUAUUGAAGUCUGGAAUAAGCUUGACUUGUUAUCAGAUGAGCAGAUUGAGAAUGAGAUUUUCCCUAAAUUAGAAAACACUGAAUACCCUAUUAUCCCUAUGAGUGCUCUUAAUGACCCGAAUAGGGAUGAAUUGAUAGGAAACCUCACUGAAAAGAUAAACCAGAUCUAUGGUUUAAGGAAGUACCAGCUUGAGUAUCACUUUAGUGAACAUGACAAGCGGAGAGAGUGGCUGCUCAAAUACGCAAAUGUGCCUGACUUGCAUAAUUUUGAAUACAAGGGUGACAAUAUCUGUGUCACUGUCCAUAUCGAUGAUGUCGUAUACCAACAGUACAUGAAGACCUUUGAGAGGCAGAAAUUCGACCAGAUGAGGCAAGGGCAGAGUAAGCUCAAAGCACCAGAGGGGUGGUAGUUAAGUAAAGCAGGUUUAAAGUCAAUUUUGG